GGUUGACAGUGAUUAGCAUUAGCAACACGAAGACAAAUACACAGACAAAUGCUAGAUAAGAUCAUAAACAAUUUAGUAGACAGCAGGUUGACAGUGAUUAGCAUUAGCAACACGAAGACAGAUACACAGACAAAUGCUAGAUAAGAUCAUAAACAAUUUAGUAGACAGCAGGUUGACAGUGAUUAGCAUUAGCAACACGAAGACAAAUACACACAACAAAUGCUAUAUAAGAUCACAUACAAUUUAAUAUACAGCAGGUUGACAGUGAUUAGCAUUAGCAACACGAAGACAUAUACACAGACAACAAAUGCUAUAUAAAAUCACAUACAAUUUAAUAUACAGCAGGUUGACAGUGAUUAGCAGUUCAGGGGAAUGUGGCUGUAAUUACCCAGUUGUAUUUACCUAGUUGUAGUUUUACAGGGCCUGGGCUUUACGCUCGUAUGGUCCCGUCUCCGUAUCUACAUUUAUCCAACUUUUCCUUAAAGCUUUGCACACUUCUCGCCGAUACUACAUCCUCACUUAGUCUGUUCCAAACCUCUAUAUUUCUUUGCGGGAAGCUAUAUUUGAUUUGAGUGCCGUGAGAUGGGAAGGUUAGGAUUUACAUCACCAGGGUCCAGAGAAAGAAUGUAUCCCCUGGACCCUGUGUCAUGCCCCAGGAGAAAUUAAUCAAGACCAGGAGAGGGUAUUCGCCGGCUGCCUGGGCUGGGAUUGAACCCGUGACCAGCGUGACGAGAGAGCCACUCCCUGCCGAGUCGGCCAAAGAGAUUUCCUAUAAAGGCCCGGGAGUAUGAGACAAAUCCUACAGUCUGGUUUGGCCCGAAGAGCAACACAUAUUUUGCAUAUCAGAGAAUGUUGCCUCUCCUGCAAACAUGUGGCAGUGCAGCCUCAAAUAUCUGUCAACAAGUUUCUUAUAACUAAAAGAUUAUUUGGAUCAUUGGCACAUGAAUACACAGCUUCAGUGAGGAAGAGUAAGUGGACUCAUUUUAAAGGUGAGCAAAUUCUUACUCACAAGAGAUGGAUGAGCAAGUCCAGUCAACCAGACCUAGAAGAACUGUCUCUAGAUAACCCCAGAGUGCAGGCCUACCUGAGGAGGCUGAGGAAAGACCAUGAGCAGAGUGAAGCAAGGGCACAGACAGCCAAGGACCAAGCACACCUCAUGAUGCUGCUGGACCAGGUGGAACAAGUUCAGUCCGAGAUGAAGGAACUGUCUGCCUUGGCUGAAAGCAAUGAAGGGGGCAAAGAGAUGCAAGACCUGGCCAGAGAGGAAUUACAGGAAGCCAGACAGAAGCUGCUGGAUAUGCAAGAGGAGGUCUUGAGUGCACUUGUUCCUGAGGAGGUGGUGGAUGACAGGAAUGUGGUGGUGGAGGUGAGUGCUGGGGUGGGGGGACAGGAGGCCAUGCUGUUCUGCCAGGAAGUCUUCAACAUGUACCUGUCCUACGCACAAUACAGAGGCUGGGAGGAGCAAGUCAUUGACUACGAGACAACAGAAAUUGGUGGCCUGAGGCAUGGGUCCAUCGUGCUAAAUGGUGAUUACGUGUAUGGCAGCCUCAAGUAUGAGGGAGGCACCCACCGUGUCCAGCGCGUGCCCAAGACAGAGAAAGCUGGCCGGGUGCACACCUCCACAGUGUCUGUCGCUGUGCUGCCUCAGCCCUCUGAGAUUGACAUUCAGAUAGCAGAAAAAGAUCUGAGGAUUGAGACCAAGCGGGCCAGCGGGGCGGGCGGCCAGCACGUCAACACCACAAACAGUGCCGUGAGAAUAACUCAUCUGCCGUCAGGGUUGUUUGCGGAGAGCCAGUCCGAGCGGUCACAACACAGGAACAGAGACAACUGCAUGAGGAAGCUGCGUGCUCGCCUCUACCAGCAGCAGCUUGACCACGACACACACCAGUACACCUCCAACAGGAAGCUGCAGAUUGGGGGCAGGGGGCGCUCCGAGAAGAUUCGAACUUACAAUUACCCUCAGGAUCGCGUCACCGACCACAGGGUGGGAGUGUCCCUUCACAACCUGGCAGCCUUCAUGAGUGGCACGGACACCUUCCAUGCACUUGUGUGUCAGCUGCUGGAGGAGGGUCAGAGGGAGGCUCUUCAGGAGAUCAUUUUCAGCAAGAACUGAGUUACCUUUGUUGCUGUGGAUUCCUUGUACAUUAUCCAAUGGUUUUACUUGAGGUAUGCUGAUCUUAUCUGCUAUUACAGCCAUGGCAAGUUUUGAGACCCAUUAAAAUAACCCAGAGUUGGA